AUGGAGCCUGGAGUUGUGAACAAAGAUGCUGCUUCCUCGAACAACGACUCUCUCACGGAACUUGCAAAAGAAAUGGCAAAUACGGCGCCUUCACCAUCGAAAAGAGAUCAUCUCGGCACCACCCAGGCGUGUGACACUCACAAAAAGCGAAGACAACGACAAUUCAAAAAAGCUCUUGCGGCAAUGAUGGAAAGUUUAGAGACGAUGUUCGACUCUCACUCAGAUGCAGAUGUCUCUGACCUCGACGAGGCAGGAGAAGAAGACCCAAUUCACUGUUUUGACCUGGAAUACUCGCCGUCGCAUAUCAAUAAACUACCCUCGUCCAAUGAGAUGUCACCCCACCGAGGAAGGUCCUCUCCUCAAGGCAACGCUCGCCGCAGGACUAUCGAAGACGACACUGAAUCACGUCCGCUGAGACCCGUCGAACGGAAGGGUACGCUACUCGAAGAGGUGAAAUCUGGUCCGAUUGGCUAUGAGACCGAAUUUUAUGAAUACACGAGAUCUCCAGAUGGGGAUGCUGAAGAACCCAAUAUUGUAGAGACCAUGGUUACUCAAGCUCCGGCCAAAAUCAGCAGGACCGGUGCUCGGUCUGGUACAGACCCAGGCUAUCAACGAGGCUACAUAUUCAAGGUCGUCCAUAUGUAUGCUGUGCCCUUGGCAAAAGAGAUUGAACGGCAAGUUCGGCGCCAGUACUCACCUCCCCGCGGAUAUUUGUCGCCACCUCCUAAACCCAGACUAAGAAGCCGGAGUAGAUCUGCGACGAGGUAUGCAAUCGUCUCACGCUCGAUGGGUCGGAACUACUCACGAGGAAGACCACAACGACCCUUCCCCGUCACGGCCAGUGUGGGCAACUAUUUGGUCGUUUAUUCCGACGUUAUCAUAUCGGCUAUCAGGAAAUCCGUGCAGUCCUACCCAGGACUGUCGCGUACGUUCGAUUACAUGAUCAUUCCAGCACCGUAUUCGCUCAUCAUCCAUUAUAGACGAGAAUUGGAGGAAUUCAAUGAUAAGCUACCAGAUGAAAAAGCUUCUACUUCAGUACACGAAGGUCCAACUUUGCAUACCGAUGCGAAUCAUGAUAGCGACUUUGGCGAUGGAGAAUGCAACACCAACACUGUGGAGGUUCUGGAACUUGAGCGUAAAAAGCACAUUCCAGAGCUUCUGAACUACGUUUUUACGUCCGAGUUAAAGGCUCAAAUCGAUGCCGAGAUGUCCUUGCGGCAAAAGCCCGUGCCGAUGUGCACAUAUGCAAUGGUAUGGCUAUUGUUCAAGCCUGGUACUACGGUCUACGCCUGGGGUGGUGGAGGCCUCGACUCUGCAUAUAUUGUGGAUUGGUACGAGCUUGAAGGUCUCUAUGCAAAAGACAGCCGAACGCGUCACCCCGGCGGGCUAGCAGAGGCUGUCCAUCCGCCCGUCAUAACACGAGGGGAGUCUGCAGAGUUCAAUCCCGUCCCGAAAUCGGUCAUCAUCAAGCUCCACUACCUCGAGUUCGACGGCGAACACGUAGGGCGGAGGCCUCGAACCAUCACAAUUUCUCCCUUUGAGGGAGAGAAGGAGAUAUUCAUGUUGCCGGUAUAUCCCGUUGAAUUUGCUAGGAGUCCAAAUCUCCGAGAGAGUCUUAUUGAAAGAGGAAGAAAGUACAUCAGGCUUUGUCAGCCAAGCUACAUGGUCUAUCAAGGCGACACUAUUGCCACGGCAGCUUCCCAAAGUCGAAAGGUAAACGGGAGAGUCAUGAUUGACUCCCAGACGUUCUACACCGACGGGGAAUUGGCAGACAAAGUCCUCCGACUCAAAGUACCGACGGAAGAUGGCAUCAUCGUGUCGGAAACUUCGUCUGGAAGUGAGAGUAGUGCACUCUCGGAUUCGCGUUACCACAACCGCCGCAAACGUAGGAAUUACAGGAGACGCAUCAGAGACUACAAGAAGAUGCCGAAUCGCGUUAGAGGAAUGGCCGAGUAUGAUCUUGUUCGGCCUGGAAAGACGCAGUUCAAAGAGGAACAUUUAAUGUUGUUUCCUUCAAGGGUUUGGGGCUUCGUGUUGAGGGAGAGACGAUGGUAUCUUCUCAAUAUUGAGAAUCUAAAGAAUCCUGUCUUUCAGGAGAACAUAAUUGACGAUUUGGUCCUCAAGGACGAGGCCAAGAACCUGAUUCAAGCCUUGUCAAACACACAUACGAGUACGGCCGCCGAGGGCGAGCCCAAGGAUGAUGAUGACGGCGACACCACCACCACCACCACCACCACCACCAACAACAACAACAACAACUCGUUUGGUCAUUUCUCUGCAGACAUUAUACGAAACAAGGGGGAAGGACGCAUCUUUUUGCUACAUGGGAAACCUGGUGUUGGCAAAACGUCGACCGCCGAGUGCGUGGCAGAAUCCGCCGGGGUCCCGCUGUUGGCGAUAACGUGUGGCGACCUGGGCAUCGAGCCGAACGAGGUCGAGGGCGCCCUGAUGAAGUGGUUCAAGCUCGCGACCCAGUGGAAGGCGGUCCUGCUGCUCGACGAGGCCGACGUCUACCUCGAGUCCCGCAUGAGCGGCGACCUCGCCCGCAACAGCCUGGUGUCGAUCUUCCUCCGGGCGCUCGAGUACUACCAAGGGGUGCUGUUCCUGACGACGAACCGGGUGGGCACCUUUGACGAGGCCAUGCUCAGCCGCAUCCACGUCGUCCUCCACUACGCCGACUUUGACGACUCGGAGCGGCAGCGCAUCUGGACCGUGAGCUUCCGGAAGCUGGGCGAGGAGAGGCCCGACGUCAAGGUCGGGCCGGGGCUCGUGGACUACGCCCUCGAGAACCGGCGGGUGCUCGACCUCCGGUGGAACGGCCGGGAGAUCCGCAACGCCUUCAACACCACCGUGGCCCUGGCCGAGUUCGACGCCGAGAGGAGGCGUCGCUCCGCCGGCGGCAAGGAGACCCGGGUCGUCCUGGAGCGCUCCCACCUGGUCCAGGUCGUCAAGAUGAGCGAGGAAUUCAAGAGGUACAUGAAGAGCACCCGCGGCCUGGACGAGAGUCAGUUGGCAAAGGCCAUGAAGCUGAGGGACGACGCCGCCUUGCAGAAGGUGAUGCAGGUUGCCAACAGGUAG